UUGGCUGGCGGCGGCGGCGGUGACGGGACGGCUCAAAGGGAGACAUUGUGCCGCUGAUGUGAUGUGUUGUGGCUGUGUACACCGUGCACACACAACAGGGAGUCCUCAGACGCCCAUCACCUUACAUAGAGGGAGAGAUAGGGGUAGUAUGGCGCGUUGCAUGGCUUGGCAGCAGGCCGGGCGGUGCAGGCAGCGGCAGGCCAGCACACCCCCAGCCCCGCGUGCAGGCCAGCAGGUGCCAACGCAGGUCACGGGCAAGCAAGGAAUAAUGUGGGCACUGGUGAUCCUAGCUCUGCUCGGGGUGAGCUCUGCACUUUCCCCUUCAACCUACCUGACUCCAGGGGACAAGGAGCGCCUGAAACUGGUCCUGGAGCCUGCCUGGUCCCUCUCUGACUUGGCCCAGGUCCUCUAUGCUUCAGCUGGCUACAAACACCUGGGACAGCCAAUUCCAAAUCCUCAGGGAGUAUGUAAUUUUGUGAAGAGCUCUGUGAAUGAUGGGGUGACAGUAGAGACACUCUUUUUGGCCUCUUCAGCAGGCAAGGCCCUUGGCUGCCCCAUUGAGGCAUCAGCUGCAUCCAUGCAGGCUGUGAGUGAGGCUAUCCGGGAAGGAGCAUCAUCACAGGAGCUGUUUCAUGCUGUCACUGCAGCUUCUAACUUGGGGGUGGAUUUGGACACUGCCAAAGUUCUGCGUGCCACACAAAUGGCUCUGAAGAAAGAUGACAGUGUCCUGAGCUUAGGGUAUGCCUUCCAUGUGGGGGCCCAGCUCAAGGGCGAGGUGGGCAGCAUCUUUGAGCGGAUUGAAGAUGCUGUGGUGCAGGCUGAUGAAGUGGAUGGUCGCAUGCUCCAGUUUGAAGGAGGGCUGUCCAUAACUGCUCUGGUUCUCAGUGGUGCCUACAAGCUAGCAGAAACCUCUAACAAAGCUCCUCCAGUAAAGCCUGACCAGGCUGUCAAAUUUGCCAAUUAUCUCAUGUCUCGGAAGUCGGUUCAGAUGUCUAAAGGGGUGUACUACCUUUUAGAAGCUGUAUCCAUGUUUACCAAUAACAAGUUCCAUGUGCCCGUGGCCAUCACCCUGGCCAGCAAUGUUGCGGUCAGUGCCGAGGCUCCACAGGUGCAGGUGAGGGUCACUGAUCUCAAAGGCAACAGCCUGGGGUCCUUGAAGGUGACUGCCAACUCGGCCACCAGAGAGUCAGAUGAGGUGGUGAUCAUUUCCAAGGAGACGCUCACCCCAGUUUCUUCAGCUGAGGGAGUGUACGAACUGGAUGUGAUGUCACGUGGCCCAGAUCGAGGUUUCUAUCGCCUUGUGGUGAGUGUGGAUGCUCCGGACACCAGGCUGGUGGGCCACUCUGCCGCUCAGCUGACCUUCAAGGUUCUCACCGCCAUUGACAUUCAGGGUGUGGAGAUCGGCACUGCAGAUUCUGACCAAUCCACUGCUCCCAACUUGAAAAAAGUGGCCUACCCAAACACUCUCUCUGAAGUGUUGGUGGCCGACCAGCAUCAACGGGUGAUGUUACGCUUUGUUGUGCGUGACACUGCUUCAGGCCGCCCCACUGAAGUCCACCAGGCCUUUGUCAAGAUCACUCACGUUGACUCUAAGCGGGAGAUCAUCUUUGUUGCUGAAACUGAUGCCAAUGAUGUCUACAAGUUUGAUAUUGAUGUAAGCAACAGUAUGAAGGAAUUUGGAGGAGUCAGUGGAGUGUACUCUGUUGAACUCAUCAUUGGAGAUGCAUCCAUCAGCAACCCUACCUUGUGGCAUCUAACUGACCUCUCUCUCACCUUCCCUGAGGCCUCCAGCCCCACCCAGCCUCAGGAUUAUACCUACAAAGUUCGGCCAGAAAUCAAGCACGUCUUCCGCAGCCCAGACCAGAGACCGUCCAGUGUGGUGUCCAGCACAUUCACAGUGUUGUGUGUGCUGCCUCUUCUGCUGCUGCUGAUAAUGUGGUACAAACUGGGUGUCAAUGUGGCCAACUUUCCCAUCACCCUGUCUGCCAUCACAUUCCAUAUAGGUUUGGCUGUUAUCUUUGGAUUGUUCUGCUUGUUCUGGCUUCACCUCGACAUGUUCACCACCUUACGUUACCUCUUCAUGAUUGGCAUCGUCACCUUCUUCUGCGGCAACUCAAUGCUGUCUAACAUCGCUGCCAAGAGGAAGGAACAGGAGGUGAAGAUGGUGUAUGGGCCAUACUACAAUAGGUCUUACAGAUUUUCCCAGCCGCAGCAGAAAUAACUUGGAUUGAGUGUGGUGGAAGUAAUGCAUGAGUGUGAUGCUGGCAAGCUGUAUGCUGCAAGACCUGCACAAGAAUGAGUGCUGUUACUUCUGUGCCGUGUCCAAAGCAGCCACUGCACACUAUUCAGAUCCUUUCUGAAUUUAAGUGACAUGAAAAUUUACAAAGUAUUGUUUGUUAUUAUUUGGUUUCAUCAAGUUUUUAAAUUAUAUUUAUUCUUAUGUUUGUUAGAAUAUUUUCUGAAUCAGAAAGAUGAUUUUUUUCUUUACUUUUCUUGCAAGGUGAAUGACUGUACUCACAAGGUGGACUGACUGUGUGGAUAAAAGAGUAACAACUGUGUAUUUACCUUAGUGGAAAAUGUGUAAAUAUUUUUUUUCAAAGGACUGUGUUGCUGUGUGAGGUGUGGAUGGACAUUUAAGCUUUAUUUCUCGGUUGGCCAGAUAUAAAGCUUCAUUCCACUAGUUUACAGUGUUACUCUGUAUGUCAGCAAAUGCUUGUUAAUGCUGUGUGAUUAUUUGUUGUAGGGGAAUGAAGAGACAAAAUAAAGGAAGUAAAUGAUU